AUGGACGCCUCCAUCGGAGUUUUAAUGGCAUGCCCAAUGUCCCUUUACUUAGAACAAGAGCUCGACAAGCGUUUUAGGCUCUUCAGAUUCUGGGCCCAGCCAUCCAGACAAGAAUUCUUGAAAACACACGCCGAGUCAAUCCGAGCAGUGGUGGGAAAUGCGACGGCCGGUGCGGAUGCUGAGCUGAUCGAUGCCUUGCCCAAACUUGAAAUCGUGUCGAGUUUUAGCGUGGGCCUUGAUAAGAUUGAUUUGAACAAAUGUAAGGAAAAGGGUAUUAGAGUUACUAACACUCCCGAUGUAUUGACUGAGGAUGUGGCCGAUUUGGCAAUCGGUUUGAUGCUGGCGGUUCUGAGAAGGAUUUGCGAGUGUGAUAAACAUGUGAGGAAAGGGUUGUGGAAAAUGGGCGACUUCCAGCUGACUACUAAGUUUAGCGGUAAAAGAGUUGGUAUCAUAGGAUUGGGCAGAAUUGGAUUGGCAGUUGCAAAACGAGCAGAGGCAUUCGACUGCCCUAUUAGUUACUACUCAAGAUCGGAGAAACCAAGUACAAAUUACAAAUACCACUCAAGUGUUGUCGACUUGGCAUCUAACUGUGACAUCCUUGUCGUUGCAUGUGCGUUGACUCCUGAAACACACCAUAUUGUCAACCGGGAAGUAAUUAAUGCAUUGGGUCCAAAGGGAGUUCUCAUCAACAUUGGUAGAGGCCCUCAUGUGGACGAACCCGAACUGGUUUCUGCUCUCGUGGAGGGUCGAUUGGGUGGUGCUGGACUUGAUGUGUUUGAAAAGGAACCUGAAGUACCAGAGCAGCUGUUUGGUCUUGACAACGUUGUCCUGUUGCCUCAUGUGGGAAGCGGAACUGUAGAAACCCGCAAUGCCAUGGCUGACCUUGUUAUUGGGAACUUGGAAGCUCACUUUCUGAACAAACCACUAUUAACCCCUGUUGUUUGA